AGGAUGAUCCAGGAGAAACCCCCAAUCCAACUUCACAGUACUUCUAGGAACUAAAGAUUUUUGACAGCUUCACUUCGCUCCAAACAAAGUCCCAAAGCCAAAGCAAACCCUAGAAACUGAAAUGCUUAUCCAAUCCGCCAUUUCACCCGCUUCGCAACACUCCCCACUUGCGUCGCACGGUUCCAUUGCCGUUCCAAUCAUUCGAACGCCCAAGCACCCUGCUUCCUCCUCGCUCCUCCACGGUUAUGGAGCCACGCUGAAUCAGGAUCGCCUAAUACCAACACGCCCCAAGUUCAGGCGCCACAAAUCCUUGCUGCAGAUGCUAGGAAGGGAAACGAGAACUGGGACAACCUUGAUUCCAACAAACUUUGAGGCCUCAGGAACAAUUUUACAGUCAAGAGCUGCUGUCAUGGCCACUCAGGUUGGAAUCAGUCCUACCACAACCAUGCACACUGCCAAUACUGUCAGUGCUUCUCUUUCUCUCUAUCAAACAAGCACAACAAAGUCACGGAAAAUUAGGGCCUUUGUUGCUCGUUUGUCUUCUUCUUCCCCAUCUUCAUCUUCUUGUGGGUUCUUGGAUCAAACACUUGGUGGGCAAUUGGCGCAACGCAGCAAUGAAAGCUCUGUAAGUAAUAUAAAACUGCGUGAGAGCAAAUGGAAGAACAAGAGGAAGAGGGUGUUCUUCUUGGAUGUUAAUCCACUGUGUUACAAUGGAAGCACCCCCAGCUUACACUCCUUUUCUCAUUGGAUUUCCCUUUUCUUCUCUCAAGUCAGCCUCUCUGACCCUGUUAUUGCUGUUAUUGAUGGGGAAAGAGGUGGUGAUUACCGUAGGCAAAUAUUACCAUCAUAUAAGACACAUAGGAGAAAAUUCUCAAGAUAUUUAUUGGCUCAUAGAUUUUCCAAAGUUCCUGUUUGGAAGUCGCAUCAAAUUGUCAUUGACCUGCUCAAGAAAUUAAAUGUGCCGGUCAUAAAAGUUGAAGACCAUGAAGCAGAUGAUGUUGUGGCUACACUUGUUGACAAUGUUUUACGAAGAGGAUACAGAGUAGUUGUUGCCUCACCCGAUAAAGAUUUCAAGCAACUAAUCUGUGAGGAUGUACAAAUUGUCAUGCCCAUUCCUGAACUUAACCGCUGGUCUUUUUACACUCUAAAGCACUACAUGGCACAAUACAAUUCUGAUCCGACCUCUGAUUUGAGUCUAAGAUGCAUAAUAGGUGAUGAAGUUGAUGGAGUUCCUGGAAUUCAACAACUAGUUCCUGGUUUUGGUCAAAAGACUGCUCUCAAGCUCUUGAGAAAACAUGGCUCAUUGCAGAACUUACUAAAUGCAGCAGCAGUAAGAACUGUAGGCAGACAAUAUGUGCAAGAUGCUCUUACAAAGUACGCUGAUUACCUGCAAAGGAAUUAUGAAGUUCUUGCCUUAAGGAGGGAUGUGAAUGUUCAUCUCCAAGAGGAGUGGUUGUCUGAGAGAGAAACCUGCUCUGAUUCAGUUAUCUUAUCCAACUUCUUGUUGAAGUUGUCAGGAGAAACCCAGAGACUACAUCAUGUUAAUAGAUCCCAGUCUUCGAAUGGUUGAUCAGGUCAAAUGGUGUCAAGUUCUUGUUAAGGUUGAAUUGAAGCCAACCUCAUCCACAACAUACUUAAAUAUCUGGGAUUCAGUGCCCGAUUCUCCUAAGGUGGAAAAUGAUUUUCUUGAAGCUUUUGAGGAUCAUAUCCAAUAAUACACUGCCAUGUUCCCUGGAACAAAUCUUGUUUUGGGGGAAUUUGCAAAAAAUGAGAAGCAAACUGCUUGUGGAACAUCAUGGUUCAUGCAGAUCCCUAAGUGCUUCAUCUCUUUCUCUCUCAUUGCUCGUACAUGCCAUUUUCAUGCUGUUGAGUAGUAAAGUUCAUUGAAGAAGGCCUGCAGCCAUGUUUCUCAGCUUAUAAAGAAGACCCUGUGUCCCGUGUCCCUUUGUCUGUGUUGUGCUUCAUAGUUAUUGGUGGAAAACGUAAUAUAUAUCCUUCUCAAGCUUCUUCUUCAAGCAUAAGGGGGGAGAGAGGGCUUUAUGGAAGGAUAUUAUUGAAUCCUAAAGUGGUACUUCUCAAGUCAGAAAGGUGGCGCCAAGGAUGGUUCAAGAUUUUGGAUAGGAAUUUCAAAGGAAGGCAUGGCUCUCUCUUCCUGUCCAUAUUAUGGACUACCUGGCUGGCUGGAGAGAAAUAAAGUGAUCUUUAACAAAGCUAUGGUUUCAGCUGAGAAACUGUUUGAAAUUGCUCUCUUUAGGCUCUCGAUUUUCUCUGAGCUCAAGUAUCUCGAUUUGCUUGCAAAGGCAACCAAUUAUUUUUCUUUGCUAAUCUUUAAAACAUUGGGGUCCAUUAAUAAUUGCAGAGAGGUUGCUGAAUGGGCUCCUCUAGAGGGAGCUUUGAAAUGGACUGUUGAUGGAACAGCUUUCACCAAACCAGGUUUGUCCGGAAUAGGUGGUGUGCUAAGAAAUUGUAAUGGAAUGGCUUUAUGUAUGGUUGUGUGUCCUACUGGUGUUAAAGAUUCAAAUGAAGAUGAAAUUUUUGCAAUUCUUAAAGCUUGGAGCUUUCAUAAUCAUCAUACAAGGAGGAUUCUGAUAGUUAUUGAAUCUGAUUCUAUAAGUUGGGUAUGAGGUGCUAAGUAUAUGUCCAAACCUUUGCAUUUGUGGACUUCCUAUACAAGAUUGGUAGGUAUGCUUCAGCCUUACAUUCGGUGAGAUUUCAACAUGUAUGUUGCUAGAUCAAUUUUUCAGCUGAUCAUCUAGCUGAGAUGGCAGGAAAAAUAAAGGACAAGUUUAUAGCAUGGUUAAUAGAUUAAAUGCAUGUGGGAGAAUCAAGGCCUCUGCUGGGAUUGUUUUGGUUGUCGGUAUGUGGAAGGAAUUUGGCUUUGUUGGGAAUGCUGUUUAUUGAGCUUAAAUUUGUUGGUUCUAUGUUUAUCCCUUUAGGCCAAGUGUUUUUAACCUUCAGUUGGCUAUAGGUAGGGGUUGCUUUGGGGACCUGUUGCUUGAAGCCUUCCUUCCACAAAGGUACUGAUUUUUGGAAUUUAAUAGUUGAUUGCUUAUGCAUCAGAGUGAGCAGUGGUAGAUUGGGAGUGUUGCCAUAAUGCUGCUGGGAUCUUCUGGUAUAUAUUUGUUCUAGUUUAAGUUUUUAUCCAUUUUUCCAGCUUUUUGGUACUUCAUUUUCUGCUAUUUCAGAUGGUACUUGGUUCUUGGUUUUGCAGGAUUUUGUUGCGCAAAAUACAGAUACGCACACACACACUGAUACCAUUGAUGCCUUUUCUGAACCCAACAACAGAGGUAUAAUCGAUACUGGAAAGAUAAACACAAGCAGCAAACACACAAAGGCAGAAAGAAAAGAACACGAGAGAUUUUACCGUGGUUCACCCCAAAAAGGGCUACGUCCACGUUGAGCUCCGGUGAGAAGAACUUACUACAUUAUAUGAGAAAUAGAGAUUAUACCCCCACAUAUGAAGUUCACGAAACAUUCUGUACAUCAUUGAUUUGAUAAAGAAAAUCGCCCAAAAUCACUAAUACAGAUUAGGGCACAACUGUCAAAUCAGAAAUAAAAUCAUACAUACAAAAAACCUUGUAUAGAGCUUUACAUAACAAAACGAGGAAAGCCACAAGACUUCCUCAAACAAAAACAACACCCGAAGAGUUUACCUUCUUUCCCUCCUUUCUCUCUUUGAUCCUCGACCUUACCUUCUUCUUUCUGCCAAUGGCGAAAUCAAGGCAUAUCGAAUGCCGUUUCAAAUCGAGAGAGAGAGAGAGAUAAAUAGCUAUCUUAGACGGAUGAGAUGAGGCAGCAUAAAGCAAGAUGGAGGGCUGGGAUCAAAUCGUGCAACACGAUAUUUCUCAACACGGGAGGCUCAAAUAGGCGCCAUCUGGAAUGCACGGAUGGUUGCCAUGUGGCCAUCCAUCGGGUGCCAAAAGGCAGCCCGAGGUUGCCACGAUGACCCUCUAACUCUUGCAUUAAAACGGUGCCGCUUUGAUGCUUCACACAUAAACAACAAUCUCCACCUUGAAGCAUCAAACAGGUGGGUAACCUCACACUUAUAUUAUGUGCAACAUGCUCAUAUUCUCACCUUCAUUGCUCGUGUAGGUUGAUUAACCUACUCCGACAUGCAGCAAGCCCAAGCAAUGCUUGAACUUAACUGCAGUCACUACCUUUGUUCCAACAUCGACUGGGUUAUCCUCAGUAGGCAUUUUAAGAAUUACAACAAUUCCAUCACUUACCUGAUUUCUUACAAAAUGAUACUUUACAUCAACAUGUUUAGUUCUUUCAUGGUAAACAAGAUUUUUACAUAAAUGAAUAGCACUCUGGCUAUCAGAAAAUACCUUGACCUUACCUUGUAGAAGCUUGAUUUCUUGCAAGAGACCUUGAAGCCAAAUAGCUUCUUUAAAAGCAUCAGUAACAGCCACAUACUUUGAUUCAGUGGUAGACAGAGCAACCAAAGGCUGUAGCUUUGACUUCCAGCUAAAGCAGUUACCAUCCAAUGUGAAGAAAUAUGCUGUGGUGGACUUAUGAGAGUCUCUAUCCCUUGCAAAAUCUGAGUCUACAUAUCUCACUAGGUCAAGAGUAUCACUCCUUUUUUCAAAAUUUAAGCCAACAUGUAAUGAACCAUUAAUAUAUUUUAGCACAUAUUUUAAGGCUUCCUAGUGAAUUCUUCUAGGAUUGGACAUAAACCUACUAAGUAGGGAUAUUGAAUAUGCUAGGUCUGGCGUAGUGCUUAUCAUCGAAUACAUUAGGGUCUCAAUUACAUUGGCAUAUGGUAUGUUUUCCAUUUUAAGAGAUUCAGAUUCAGAUGGUGGACACUGUGUUUUAGACAAUAUAAAAUGUCCAACUAAAGGAACAUUAACAGUUUUACACUCAGCCAUACCAAAUUUUUGAACAGUUUUAAGUAGGUAAUCAUGCUGGUGUAUUUUCAAUUUGCUUUUACUCCUAUUUCUUUCUACUAUCAUCCCUAAGAUCUUCUUAGGUGGUCCUAAGUCUUUCAUGUCGAAGUUAGUAUUCAACAGAGACUUCAAUUUACAUAUUUUUGACUUGGAGUUGCUAAUGAUCAAGAUAUCGUCAACAUAUAAUAAGAGAUAAAUAGGGACAUCAGACAGUAUAAAGUAAAAACAACUAUCAUAUUUACUUUGGUUAAAACCAAUCUCAGCAGCAAAGUUAUCAAACUUUUUACACCAUUGCCUUGGAGAUUGUUUUAAUCCAUACAAUGAUUUUUUAAGUAAGCAAACAUGAUCAGGAUGAUUAUUGUCAAUGUAUCUAGUAGGUUGUUCCAUAUAAAUUAUCUCAUCAAUGUCUCUAUAUAAAAAUGCAGUUUUGACAUCCAUUUGUUCAAGUUCUAAGUCAAAUUGCACUACAACAGCAAGCAUCAUACGUAUGGUUUUAAAUUUAACUAUUGGAGAAAAGAUUUCAGUGUAGUCUAUUCCUUCUCUUUGAGAAAAACCUUUAGCUACAAGUCUUGCUUUAAAUCUUAGUGGAUCAGAUGGAGACAUUCUUUCUUUAAGUUUGAACAACCAUUUACAUUUAAUUAGUUUUUACUGAUAAGGUUUUGGAACUAAUUUCCAAGUUUCAUUUACCUUCAAAGAGGUCAUUUCAUCAUCCAUUGCCUAUUUCCACGUAGUGCUGUCAUGGGAGCCGGCAACCUCCUCAUGGCAGGUAGGCUCACUGCUCCUCAUCUCCAUUCUAGCAAUUAAGGCACAAAAUACCAGGUUUGAGUAUGCGUAUCUAACAGGAGGCCUGAUAGACCUCCUCACUCGGUCUCUGGUGAGUUGAUAGUUACUGAGGUUUUGUUGAGGAGAGUCAUACUCCUCAACCUCAGGGUCAUCAGGUUGAGCCUCAUGAUCACUAUCCUGGUCAGAGGUCUCUUCUUAGGUUAAGGGCUCAUCAAGAGUGAGAGGGUUAUGGGAGGUUGGAGUAGCAGGAAAAUCCUGUUGCUCCACCUCAACUUGAGUACUGCCACCUAAUAUAAGGUCACUAGGGUUGCUAGGUAUUGAGUUAUUUUCAUUAUUGUCGGAUUUGCAUGGGAAAAUUGAUUCAUUAAAUUUUACAUCUCGGCUAAUAAUGAUUUUAACUCCACCUGAAAUUCUGUCCCAUAGCCUAUAACCCUUGGUUCCCUCUUGAUAUCCAACAAAAACACAUUUAAUAGCCCUGUGAUCUAAUUUUCCUACUGAUUGAUGGGCAUAUGCCUCACAACCAAACACUCUUAGAUAGUCUAAGUUCAAUUGUCUCCCAGUCCAUUGCUCCUCAGGACACUUAAAAUUGAUAAUAGUCGAAGGGCUCUUAUUCACUAGGUGAACGGCUAUAGGGCUUCUCCCCAAAAAGUUUUAGGCAUUCCAGCAGUAAACAAAAGGCAUCUAACCUUCUCUAAGAGGAUUCUAUUCAUCCUCUCAGCAACCCCAUUUUGCUGAGGGAUGUUCCUUAUUGUUCUAUGCCUAAGAAUACCAUGGGUUUUACAUAAACAACAACAUAUCCAGCCUUUAUCCCACUAUGUGGGGUCGGCUACAUGAAUUCUAGACUUCCAUAUAUUUCUGUCUUUUGUCAUAUCCUCAUUUAAAUCCAUAUAUUUCAUAUCAAAUUUUAAUGUCUCUCCCAAAGUCUUCUUGGGUCUACCUCUACCUCUUUUUGUGACUAAUUGUUCCAUUUCAUCAACUCUCCUCAUAGGAGCGUCUCUUAGUCUCCUUCUCACAUGACCAAAUCAUCUUAGUCUAGUCUCUCUCAUCUUCUCCUCGAUUGGCACUACUCCUACCUUAUUACGAAUAACUUCAUUUCUAAUUUUAUCCUUUCUUGUAUGUCCGCACAUCCAUCUUAACAUCCUCAUCUCCGCUACACUCGUCUUUUGUUUAUGCUAGUAUUUGACUGCCCAACAUUCUGAGCCAUACAGCAAGACUGGUCUUAUAACUGUCUUAUAAAAUUUUCCUUUCAAUUUUAAUGGGAUUUUACCAUCACAUAACACCCCCGAUGCAUUUCUCCAUUUUAGCCAACCUGCCUUAAUUCUAUGUGCGACAUCUUCAUGGAUUUCUCCAUCUUUUUGAAUCACUGAUCCCAAAUAUCGAAAAUGGUCUUUUCUUUGUAAGAUUUGGUCUUCUAAUUUUAUUAUAACAUCAUCCACUCUUGCAUUUUUACUAAAUUUGCAUUCUAUAUAUUCUGUUUUCUUUCUACUUAAUUUAAAUCCCUUAGAUUCUAAAUUGUUUCUCCACAACUCAAGCUUAGUGUUCACUCCUUCUUUUGUUUCAUCCACCAACACUAUGUCGUCUGCAAAUAGCAUACACCAUGGCACAUCUGUCUGAAUAUCUUUAGUGAGUUCAUCCAUUACUAGGGCAAAUAAGUAUGGACUUAGUGCAGAACCUUGAUGCAGUCCUAUUGUAGUUAUAAAUGGUUCAGUAUCCCCUCCGCAUGUUCUGACCCUUGUCUCUACACCAUGAUACAUGUCCUUAAGGGCUUGUAUAUAGGCUAUUUUGACUCCUUUCUUCUCUAAAACCCUCCAUAAUACUUCUCUAGGGACCCUAUCAUAGGCCUUUUCUAAAUCUAUAAACACCAUAUGUAGGUCCUUCUGAUGAUCUCGAUACCUUUCCAUUAGACGCCUCAGUAAAUAUAUAGCUUCCAUUGUUGACCUAUCAGGCAUGAAAUCAAACUGAUUUUCUGACACCUUUGUUUCCUUUCUGAGCCUCUGCUCUAUUACUCUCUCCCAGAGUUUCAUGGUAUGACUCAUUAACUUAAUUCUUCUAUAAUUUUCACAGUUUUGAACAUCUCAUUUGUUCUUAUAUAUAGGAACCAAAAUACUCUUCCUCCACUCAUCUGGCAUCUUUUUUGAUUUAAGGAUGGCGUUAAAUAGUUGUGUUAGCCAGGAGAUGCCCUCUUCUCCCAUGCAUUUCCAUGCUUCUAUUGGUAUAUUAUUUGAUCUCACUGCCUUAUGAUUUUUCAUCUUUUUUAAUGCUUGCCUUAUUUCAUUUGAACUUAUGCGUCGAUAGAAUGUGUAGCUCACAUUCCCUUCGGAGUUACUAAGAUGUCCCAACCUAACUCUUGUGUCACCACCAUCAUUGAAUAAUUUUGUGAAAUACUCUUUCCAUCUCUCCUUAAUCGCUCCCUCAUUUACUAAAACAUUUUGAUUGUCAUCUUUUAUGCAUUUCACUUGAUUUAAAUCCCGUGUUUUUCUUUCUCUUGCUUUAGCUAAUUUAUAUAUAUCUCUUUCUCCAUCUUUUGUAUCAAGUCGUUUAUAUAGAUUCUCAUAUGCUUUUGACCUUGCUUCACUAACAGCUUUUUUUGCUGCCUUUUUUGCUUUUUUAUAAUUUUUUUUAUUUUCUUCAUUGUUGCAUUGAUAUACCGCCUUAUAGCAAGUUUUCUUAUUUUUAAUUUUCAAUUGUACCUCUUCAUUCCACCACCAAGACUCCUUAAGGUUAGGGGCUCUACCAUUUGUCUCUCAAAGGGCUACCUUUGCCGUGCUUCUCAAAGCAUUAGCCAUUUCUUUCCACAUUUGGUUUGUCUGUCUUUCUCCAUUCCAUUCCCUUCUACCCCUUAAUUUUUCUUUGAAAAUUAGUUGUUUCUCCCCUUUUAAAUUCCACCACCUGAUUCUUAGAUUUUGUUUUAUGUGAUUUUUUCUCUUCCAAUUUCUUACUUGGACGUCAAGUACUAGAAGUCUAUGUUGAGUAGUCAAACACUCUCCUGGUAUCACCUUACAAUUCCUACAACAUAACCGAUCCUCUUAUCUCAUGAGGAAGUAAUCUAUUUGGGUGCUUGAGGUGAUAUUUUUAUAUGUGAUUAAGUGUUCGUCCCGUUUUUUGAACCUAGUAUUGGUUAUAAUGAGCUCAUAUGCCAUAGCAAAAUCUAAGAUAGAUUUACCCUCAUUAUUAAUUUUCCCGAAUCCAUACCCUCCGUGUACCUCUCUAUAUCCGUUUCCGUCUCUACCCACGUGCCCAUUUAAGUCACCUCCUAUAAUCACUUUCUCUCCUCUUGGUAUCAUUUGUAUGAGUCCUUCUAGGUCAUCCCAGAAUUUUGCUUUUAUCUCAUCACCUAACCCCGCUUGUGGUGCAUAUGUACUAAAGAUAUUCAUAGUCAUUCUUCCUAGACUAAUCUUCACCAUAAUAAUCCUAUCCCCUAUUCUCUUUACAUCCACUACCUCAUCUAUUAAGCUUUUAUCCAUAAUAAUCCCCACUCCAUUUUUCGCUCGAUCAGUUCCUGUGUACCAUAUUUUAUAUCCAGCUUCUGAUAAAGUUUUUGUUUUUUUUCCUACCCAUCUCGUCUCUUGAAGGCACAUAAUAUUAAUUUUUCUCCUAAUCAUCACAUCCACCACUUCCAUAGCUUUUCCUGUUAAUGUUCCUAUGUUCCAUGACCCAAUCCUUAAUCUAUGAUUUUGUUUUUGGCCUUGACUUUGGAUUUGAGCUUUGAUCUAAAUUUUUCCAUGAUCUAAAUUUUUCUAGAGUUUGAUUCUUAGAUUUCAUUAAAAAUAUCCAUACCUUUCUAGAAAAAUCAUCAAUUAUGGACAAGAAAUACCUGUUACUGCUGUGUGAGGGAACUUGGGAGGGAUCCCAAAGGUCUGCAUGCAAAUACUCUAGGCAUGCCUUCGCCAGAUGAGUUCCCUUUGGGAAACUCAGCUUGUGUUGCUUGCCUAGUGUACAUGGCUCACAGAAGCCUAAGGCAUCUGCAGACACUGAACCAAGGUACUCUUGGUUGGACAGUGCUUGUAGCCUUUUCUGGCUCAUAUGGCCAAGUUUCAAGUGCCACAGAUCUAUUCUAUCAGAUUUAACUAUGCAUGCAGAUAGAAUAUGACAAUAACCAUUCAACACAUAUAAACCAUGUUUCUUUGUACCAGAGAGAAUAAGGUCAUCGUUCUUAAACACAUGCAGAAAACCAUUUUCAGCUUUAUAUGAAAACCCUAAUUCAUUUAAGGUUGUCAAGAGAAAUCAAAUUUCGUUUUAAUCCAGCUACAUAUCUCACAUUAGUUAACAUUCUAAUCUUGUUAUCAUGUAAUUUCAGAGAUAUGUCACUUAUGCCUUUGAUUUUACAUGAAUCAUUUUCCAUAAAAACAAUACCAGUUUCUUUUGUGCUAAAGUUUUGAAACCAAUCUAUAUUUGGACACAUGUGAAAGGAGCAUCCUGAAUCCAUAAUCCAUUCAUUUACAGUUGAUGUACAAGAGACAUUUAAAACUUCAGCGAAAGAGUUUGAAUUACUGGCAGCUAGUGUCACAUUCCUACCAUGUUUCUGUUUUUUUAAUAAAAUCAUAACAGUAUUUCUUAAUGUGGCUCUCUUUCCCACAGUGGUAGCGUUUCCAUUUCGAUUGUUUUUGUUUUCCCUUUUGUCCUGUACCCCCAUUCUGAUUGUUAUUAAAACUAUUUUGACCCUUUUCAAAUUUACCCUUAACAAAUAAAUUGUUAUCAAGUUUCUUAGAAGUGUGCAAUUCUAACUCCCUUGCCUUGAUUCCAGAGAUUACUAGUUCUAAAGUGGGCACAAUACCGGUAUACUAUAAAGCAUGUUUAAUUAUAUUGUAAUCAUCAAGUAAUAAGUUACCUCACUGGUGUCUCCUAAGGCUUGGUCAGUUCCUCUUAACAUCAAUGUAAGUUUAGUAAAUUCAUCUAUAUUAUCAUCCAUAGAUUUUGAUGUAUUCAUUUUAAAAUUGAAUAGCAUACCUUUCAAAUAAACUAAGUUAGGAGCAGAAAUAACAGCAUACAAAGAUUCAAGUCUAUUUUAUAAAUCAAGGGGAUUACUCAUACCGUCUACCUUCCUGAUAACAGUAUCUCCCAAAUGGAGAAAUAUCAAGUUGAAUGCUUCCUCCCUUAUCUCAUUGGUCCUAGUUGAUUGCUCAGUGGACUAUUUUAUGUCAUUCGGUUCAAGUACAAUAAGCACUUUGUGAUGAGAGAGUAAUACUCUUAUCUUUUUUUUCUAACUUCCGAAAUCCACCUUUCCAUCAAAUGUAUCGAUUUCAAAUCGAGUUGUUGUCAUCUUCGCCUUACACGAAGGUAUCCUAAUGAAACCCUAGACACUGACAGAGACACACAGAAAACACUCAUUGACCGUGACUCUUCAGAAAACCUUAGAGAUUCAAAACAGGACUAAUCGAGCGAAGAACAACCCUAGACCGACUCUGAGUGAAAUAAAACAAAGACUCUCACAGUGCAUAUCAAAGAAAUGGCUCUGAUACCACUUGUUGCACAAAAUACAGAAAUGCACACACAUUGAUACCACUAAUGCCUUUUUCGAACCCAACAACAGAGGUAUAAUUGGUACUAGAAAGACAAACACAAGCAGCAAACACACAAAGACAUAAAGACAAGAACACGAGAGAUUUUAUCGUGAUUCACCCCAAAAAGGGCUACGUCCACGUUGAGCUCCGGUGAGAAGAGCUCACUGCACUAUAUGAGAAAUAGAGAUUACACCCACAGAGGAAGCUCACGAAACACUCUGUACACUACUGAUUUGAUAAAGAAAAUCGCCCAAAAUCACUAAUACAGAUUAGGGCACAACUGUCAAAUCAGAAAGAAAAUCAUACAUACAAAAAACCUUGUACAGAGCUUUACAUAACAAAACGAGGAAAGCCACAAGACUUCCUCAAACAGAAGCAACACCCGAAUAGCUUACCUUCUUUCCCUCCCUUCUCUCUUUGAUCCUCGACCUUACCUUCUUCUUUUUGUCAAUGGCGAAAUUGGGGUAUAUCGAAUGCCGCUUCAAAUCCCAAGAGAGAGAGAGAUAAAUAACUAUCUUGGACGGAUGAGAUGAGGUAGCAUAAAGUAAGAUGGAGGGCUGGGAUCAAAUCGUGCAACACGAUAUUUCUUAGCACGAGAGGCUCAAAUAGGCACCAUCUGGAAUGCACGGAUGGUUGCCAUGUGGCCAUCCAUCGGGCGCCAAAAGGCAGCCCGAGGUUGCCACCAUGACCCUCCCAACUCCUGCAUUAAAACGGUGCCGCUUUGAUGCUUCACACAUCAACAACAGAUUUAAUGGGUUUCGAUUCUGCUAGUAGGUCUUCACUUUGCUUCAACUUGAUGGAGUUAUGCUGCUGUUAAGAGCAAUCCACUGCUCCUGCUCUAUGAUGUUAAGACAAUGGCCCAAACGGUGAAGGGAGAUAACUAUAUUGAGUUUUUGGGUCCCUGCAGUGGCAGCGACUGCGUGGAAACAUGUGGUUCGUUGCAUCAUGGUGUACAAGAAAAACUGAUGGGUUCAGUUUCUGUGGUGAAGGGAGAAUAGCCAAAACCACACUGCUAGUUCAAAUGAGAAUGGCCAUGUACCUUAAAUUGAUUUAGCCAGAUUUAGUGUCUGCUUACUCUUACACUGAUCUGAUUUUUUGUGCUUUGGCUUUGGGGUUUCGAGUUUAGGUGGGAUUGUUGCUUCUGUUGUGUUUUUGAUCCUGGGGUGAAGAUGCUGUGGUAUUAUUUCUGGUAUAAUAUGCUAAGUUUUGUUGUUGGAGAGAUGAAUCAGAGAAGCGAUACAUGGAGUGUGUGGGUUGGUCAUUGGUGAGAUGGAUCCUUUCAAGCUAUUGUUGCAGAUUAAUUUUAGGGGAUCUACGCUGUUUUCUGAUUCGGGGUUCAAAUAUGAUGGGGUAUUCUAAUGGUAAGGCUGCAGACUUUGAUUUCAGUUUGUUCAAGCCUUUCUAUCUGUGUAUGUAAUUAGCAUGCCGGUGUUCUGUUUUGGGGUCUUUGGAUUUAGAAGGUAAAAGAAAGGCCUCUUUAUUAGAUAUGCCACAUUUGAUUAAAGAAGGGAGUUUUCUGAUUGUUCUUCAAUAAAAGUAACGUGGUGUUGGAAUCUAUUGCUCAAUGAAGCCUUGCGUUAAAAGGCAUUUGGUUUUGGAGCUUUUGGCUUUUGGUUGGGUUUAGGGUUUAUUUUGGCAUCUGCCUAAGGGUCUAUGCAAUCAGUGUAAACUUCGUUAUACAUUGAUAUUGAUGAUGAAUUGAUGAUGGUGCAUUAGUAUUCU